CCAGAAGAGGAGGAUCCCGGGAGCGGACCUCUUGGGACUUGGUAGCUGGUGCGCACGCUCCGUCCUGUAUCUUGGCUCUGGAGGUGUUCUGUGGGGACGGAUGGGAUUAAGCCUGAUCAAGAUGACAACCUCCCAAAAGCACCGAGACUUCGUGGCAGAGCCCAUGGGGGAGAAGCCAGUGGGGAGCCUGGCCGGGAUUGGUGAAGUCCUGGGCAAGAAGCUAGAGGAAAGGGGCUUUGACAAGGCCUAUGUGGUCCUUGGCCAGUUUCUGGUGCUAAAGAAGGAUGAAGACCUUUUCCGGGAAUGGCUGAAGGACACAUGUGGCGCCAACGCCAAGCAGUCCCGGGACUGCUUCGGGUGCCUCCGAGAGUGGUGUGAUGCCUUCUUGUGAUGCUUUCUGGGGAGCCCCCAAUCCCAAGCCCCAGCAUUGAGUCUCCAGUCUAGUGGGGACUCCUCCCUGUUCUCUACAAAGGAAAAUAUUGCUGUUGUCGAACUCACCUCUGAAGUACGCCAGGGUCUCUUGGGAGUCCUCGCCCUUCACGAUUUCACCUUUUUUGGAAUUCUCACUUUUGCAUGCAUCUCCCUUAAUCUUCUGCCAGUUUCAUGUCGACAAUUACCAGCUUUUCUGAGUGGAUUCCUGGCUCCUUCCCUCACCUCCACCCUCACCACUGGUCUGUUUUAUGCCAUUUGGCUUCUUUUUGACCAGAACUGUCACUGUCCUUGUAAAGUUUUUUAAAUCAAUAAAGUCAGUGGCCUUCA